AUGUUUCUCAUGACACCAUCUCCUCUUUUGCUUCUCAUUGGACUGGUUCGGGAAGGCCUUGCAUUAGCGUCUGAAUAUAACUUCGGGGGCCUUGAAUCUGAUCCUGCAUGCACAAAGGACGAUAAGGUCUACCUGGUUAGCCUGUAUGCACAUUUCGACAGAGGAACAAUAGAUGCGAUCUUCUCUGCAUUUUCUGACUGCAAGGACGAGAGAGAAGCCGUGGAGCACUACCUGAAAACAAGGGUGAUAGGGCCCUACAACGACUAUCUAUCGAAGUUCAAGGUGAAGAUAGGAUUCGAUGCAAAGGACUACGAUGUCAAUGAGCUUGUACCCGAAAAGAGGUUUGACAGCUCGUGCGAGCUUGUGGAGCCUGUGAGCUCGAGGACAAACAUGGUGCACGAGCACCUUCUCAACACAUACAAAGACAGGAAGAUAGGAAUCCACAUGUUCUUGUGGAGCUGUCCGACUCACAAUGAUAACAUAGUUCCCAAGAUAGUGAUUGGAGAGCCCAAGGAGUGUGCAAGGUCAAUAGGUGUGCUGUGGAGAGGCACAGAAGACACAAUAGACUUCAUUAAAUCUGGAAUAUCCGAGGCCAUCUCAGGGGUGAAAGACUUGUUUCUCAACCAGGAGUUUCCAAGCUCUAAGGACGAAGAAAGGUUUUCCUAUGUCUGCCAGCAUGUGGACACAUGCAUAGCUUCUAAGCCUAGUGUCAACGGGGCAAUAAUAUUUGGGAUCGAUGAUGUGAGCGAAGAGACUUCCGCGCAUGUUGAUGUAGAUAGCCACCAAGGCAAUGUAUACAUCCCGUCUGAGGAGGGUGUCAGGGGGCAGAGAGUAAUAUACGUCAACGAGCCCUCCGACUCUGCCGACGAUGACUGCAAGUACUAA